AAUGAGUGACUCUGAAGGGCACAAUGUAUUCCAUUUAGGUGCUUACAUCAAGUGGUCCCCACUAUUCGAUAUCUUACUACCGGAAAUUGAAUAUUUGGCCCGAGAACGGGACAUGAAUGGGGAUCUUCCCAUUCAUAUAGCGGUCAAGAUGGGCCAUGUUAACCUAAUCAAAAAGCUAUAUCCGAUAUCACAAUUGCCAAAUGGACAAGGACAAACCGUUCUUCAUGUCGCGGCAAAAUAUGGGAGAGCUUCAGCAGUGAGACAAAUACUCAGACAUCCAGAACUGGGAGAGCACAUAAAUGCAGUGGAUCAUGUUGGAAAUACACCUUUGCACUUGGCUGCGAUGCAUGCACAACCCGCUGCUUUGAUUCAUCUUUUGCAGGAUAAAAGAAUUUGACUCACCAUUUCCAACAACAAAUGCUUGACCGCUUUCAACGUUGUUCUAGGAUGCAUGGCAAGGGGGCAUACAAUUCGGAAUGAAUUGGCAUUCGUGGUGUUGGCUUGCUCGGACAUUUGGAAAUAUUCAGUUCCUGGCAGAGACACACUCAUACUUCGGCCGGAAGCUCGAGAUCAAAAGCUUGUCUCGCGCGAAACGAAGCCAAACAGGGAUGCCAACAGGGAUUUUAUCAAAUCCCGUAUGGUGGUGGCAAUGCUUGUGGUCACUGUGACUUUUACAGCUGGUUUCGCAGUUCCUGGAGGAUUUAACGGCUCGGACAUGGCCUCCAAAGGUGACUGGGGCAUGGCUACGAUGCUGGACAAGAGAAUGUUCCAGGCUUUCGUGAUUUGCAACACCAUCGCGAUGUUCUGCUCAAUGAUCGCCGUUGUCAACCUCAUCUUGGUGCGGCCAGAUGACGCCGGAGCUCUGAAAUCUGCAUUCGCGAACUCAAUAGUGCCACUAAUAAUUGCACUCCCGACAAUGUCGGUUGCUUUCUUAACUGGUGUCACCUUGACCAUUAGCAAACUCCCUUGGCUUGCCAACACCAUAUUUUAUUUGGGACUUGUUUUCCUCCUCAUUAUCUCAGUUGCUUCAUUGUUAGAGUUCCCUCCCUUACUUGCAAUGAGCGGCCUUUGUUGCCGUCGUCUGGUGUUUAGGAUUAUUCUCAUUUACAUUUCUUUGUGGGGAGUUGAGACGUUCGUUUUUUAAUGAAGCGGAAGAUUACGAAGCGGCGAGC